CUGGAGUUAAAUACGGCUGCGGCUCUGCUUAAUCCGCUCCGUCCUCUGCUCUUUGCUUUUCUGCUUGGUGUGCUUCCUUCUCAAAGUUGAAUCGCUGCUGAUUCUCAGAUACAGAGCUUGAAUGAUAUAUAUCUGCAUUUGUUCUCAACAAAAUCUGGAAACAAGAUGGAAGAAGAGAAUGAACAGUGCAAUAGUGCGAUUGAUGGUAAUUUUGAAGAAGUUUGUCCUGAGAAAGUAAUUAAGUUUAAACCUCCACUAUACAAACAACGAUACCAGUUUGUUAGAGAUUUUGUGGAUCAACAUAAACCCAAGAAGGUUGCAGACCUGGGAUGUGGUGACACAGAGCUCCUAAGGCUGCUAAAAAUCUACCCAUGUAUUCAACGGCUUGUUGGAGUAGAUAUCGAUAAGGAAAAAUUGCAGUCAAAUGGGCAUCAGUUGUCUCCCUAUUUGGGGGAGUUUGUAAAGCCCCGAGAUCUGGAUUUGACUGUUAUCUUGUAUCAUGGCUCUGUUGUGGAGAGAGAUUCUCGUUUGCUUGGAUUUGACUUGAUAACAUGCAUUGAAUUAAUAGAACAUUUGGAUUCAGAUGAUCUGGCUAGAUUUCCCGAAGUGGUAUUUGGGUACCUGUCUCCAGCCAUGAUUGUCAUCAGCACACCAAACUCUGAAUUCAACCCGCUGUUUCCCACGGUGACCCUAAGAGAUGCUGAUCAUAAAUUUGAGUGGAACAGAAUGGAGUUUCAGACCUGGGCCUUACAAGUGGCAAAUCGUUAUCAUUACUCUGUGGAGUUUACUGGCGUAGGGGAACCACCAGCUGGAGCUGAGCAUGUUGGCUAUUGUACCCAGAUAGGUGUCUUCCGGAAAAAUAGUGGGAAGGUAACAGAAUUGUGCUUUCCAGAGCAGCAUGAUCAACAUGUUUAUGAAACUGUUUAUAAGACCUCCUACCCGAGUUUACAGCAGGAGAAGAUGCUCAAAUUUGUAUUGGUUGGGGAAGUGUUGAUACUAGUGGAACGGCUGAGAUUGAGACAGCAGCGAAUGCUGCGAGAACAGAAGGACUUGUGCAAUGACCCAGACAACACUGACUCUUCUGGUCCGCCCCAAGUACUGUUGGGAGCAGUCUUCACAGAGGCUGAAGAAGCCAGGAUAGAGAAUUCUCCAAAACCCUUCUGUGAAGGAGAUAAGUUUUUCGUACCCCUGCAAAGACUCCUUGCUUAUCCCAAAGUGCACCGCUUACGUGUGACUGAGGAGAGGAUGAGGUCACUCAUCUCAGACUCAGUGCAGCUGAGCAGUGAUGGUUCUGCAGUCAUGGACGACCUGUAUAAAUCUUGGGAUUAUCAGUUUGAAGAUUAUUGAGCCAUCUGCAUUUCCUGAAGUUCAAGGACUCCAUGAUAGUUUGGCUUACUUAGAAUUUAAACUUUGUAUUGUCAUAAUUCAAGUAACAUUUUAAAAGUUUUAACACAAGACACUCCUAAACUGGUGGACAGAUACGCCUGACUGCACUUUACCUGAGAGAGGUUUUAGGGUUUAACUAAAUGCAGUGUGUUUUCCUUUAUAAGUUGGAAUUUUUCUUUGUGUUCUCAAGAAUGAAGAAAUUGGAUAUGGUGAUGUACUAAUUUUGAACUCACCCUUUUUUUGGUGUUAGAGCCAUGUGUUGAAGUAGCAUUAAAAUUUUUUAAAGUGAUCAAAUACACUGUUUAAAACCUA